AUGAGCAUCGAUUUGAGCAAACCCAAGCGCUGGUUUCCGCUCGAGUCGAAUCCAGAGGUUAUGAACACAUACAUUGAAAAGAUGGGUUUCCCCACGAGUCAAUUUCGGUUUUGUGAUGUAUUAAGCACUGAGGAGUGGGCGCUAGCACUUGUGCCGAGACCCGUGGUCGCGAUCAUGAUGCUUUUUCCUAUUAAACCUCACACGGAAGAAGCAGACAAGCAAGAAGCGUUCAGAAUUGAACAAGAUGGACAAAUGGUCUCUCCAAACGUUUACUAUAUGCGUCAGACCGUUGGUAAUGCAUGUGGUACGGUGGGUAUCUUACAUGCCAUUGGCAACAUACGUCACAUUGUUCAACUUGCUCCUGAAAGUUACUUGGACAAGUUCUUUAACGAGACGAAGACUAAGACACCGGAAGAGAUUGCGCAAUACCUUGAGAAAGACAAUGAGCUGGAGCAAACCCACGGCAGCGCGGCGGAAGGUGGUCAGUCGGAGCAAAUGGAAAGCGUGGAUGACCCUAUCAACACGCACUUCAUCUGCUUCAGCUGUGUAGAUGGCAACUUGUACGAACUCGACGGCCGAAAGAAGCGUCCCAUCAACCACGGACCGUCCAGUCCGGACACUAUUCUGCAAGAUGCAUGCCGAGUCAUCAAGAAAUUCAUGGCUCGAGACGAGGGCGAAAUGCGCUUUACGAUUCUGGCCCUCGCAAAGACAGUGGCCGAAUAA